AUGCAUUUCUUAAACAUUAUUAGAGAUGAAAUAUGUGCAGCUGGUUUGGAUGGAAUUCCGAUAGCUCACCUUUGGAAAGUUUUGGAGGAACCCAUAGUUAACUUUCCUCUGACGAUUGAUGCAGACGCUAAGGAAUUUUUGUGGGACAAAAUCAAACGUUUUAAGAACUUUGAAUUUUACGUUCGGACCAAGGAUCCCCCUCCUUACGUAUUCUUCGAUAGAUUUGAAAAUUUUGAUGAUAUAUCGCAUGACACUGCUCCCCCCGUUCUUGAGAGGAAAUUGUAUCCUGUGAAAGCAGAGAAUGUGUAUGGCUCAUGCGCGGAUUUCGAGACUCGUCAUUGUGUUAGUUCCGAAAUAUUGGCGGAAGAUUUUACGUACGGCAGAGCUUUUAAGAGAUGGGGUGAUAGACUUGUGGUUGUUGCCUCUCAGCCCCUUCGUACCUUGUUUCUCACUGGAUCUGAAACUCUGCACUCUUCGAUUAAUGCGAAGCUGUAUCGGAUUUUGGAGCUGGUUGCGAAGUCGAGGUACAACGGCAUUCCCAUUUCUGGGCAUGACGGUAUACUAUCCUACGGUGAAUCUUCCUCGACCGUUUUUUACAUUCGCAAGCUAUUCAGUGCUGAUGGAUUAAUCAAGUCUCAACCCUUCAUAACACAUGAUUCCUCGCGAAAAAAUAUGCGACGGACUACAUUGCUUCAUAGUUUUCGAUUCUUUCGACCACUGACUUACCCUCUAGCAAUAGUCAUGGAGAAAAUUUCUAGACUACUCUCCGAGACACCCUCCAAAAUGAUGCUGCCCUAUACCAUGCGUCAGAGGUUUAACAUGGGGCGGCGCUCCUUUAUGCGGAUUGUCAAGUUUGGUGUGCAACAGGGAUGUCUCAAGGUCAUUCAUGUGCCCUUUGGGACUGCAUGCGCUCUAAUUAAUGGUUCGGAUGAUGACUCGGGAGAGGUAUGUGCAGAAAUGCUUCGCAAAGAAGCUAUAGAGCUGAGUAUUCUCGAUUCAUCUCAGUCAGCCUCAUCCUUACCCGAACCCACUGGCCGACGUUAUAUACGAGAAGCAGCGGUCAUAUACCUGCAUCACCCAUUUGAUAUUGAAAAGUAUAUGAUCGAAGCCCACAUUAAUCGAGGCAGUCGGCCGGAUUCUGUUGUAUCUCUGCUCGGAGAAACCCACACUGAAAACACCGUGGUGCUGGACGAGUCCCUUUUCGGAGAUGGGGAGGGAUUAGCCACGGUAGAAGAAAGCGAUGUAUUUGCCUAUGCUCCAUAUUAUGCGCCUCGAAUCAAUGGUGAGGAGUCAUUCUGUGUGCAGAUUUGCCGAUUUUUGUGCGAAUCUGAGGAGAAGCCCAAUUCUCAACUGGCCGUGCACUUCAACACUUCGCACAAACUCGUCUCCAGAUAUGCGGAUGCUCUUGCUGGUGUGGGAAAAUUGAUCACAUCCAAGGUUUCAAUGGGAACGACGUUUUCCUUAGUGCAAGUUGCUUUUCUGGGCGAACUCUUCUGCAAUUCCUGUAGUAGUCACCGUCUUUUACCCGUUUCAGUCGUCGACAACCAGCGUCAACAGCGGAAGCUCUUCAUUUUGGAAAGCUUGGAAGCUCGCAAGGUUUUCCCCUCUCUCCUUGACCUGCGUGCACGCAUUUGGGCUCACGAGGAAGCGAAGGGACUCAAGGGUCGGAUGGAUCGUAAGUCCCUGGGUCGCAUCAUCGACGAUUUGGUGCGGGAAAAGCGAAUCAAGUUUAUUGAUAUGGAAAUUGUGGGCCAACGCCAUGACGGAUCGCCACGAAAGGUCGAUGUGCGUUACCUGUUCACUAUUUUCCGUAGCUGUGAGGAAAGGCUCAGACUCGUUUGCCACCCAAGCGUCGAAACUGACUCACCUGAACUGGUCGAUUGUUUGAUUGCGGAGAAGAAGCGUUACACACUCUCGCCUCGCCCCUGCGGUGCUCUUAGACCCGAGGAGGCCCUUGUCACUGCCGAAGAUGAUGAAAAUCAGGAAGCUCUCUCCACUACCGCCAACGUCUCUGUUGAUCUUGCACUUACUAAGAGGGAUCUGGAACUCAUUCGUCUACCGGACCGAAAUGUCUCAAAAUUGAGGAGGCGGUGCCUUUUACACAAAUUUCUUUUUUACCUCCUUAACGAGCUGCCGGCUGACGCUCAGGCGAUCCCCACUUCGCCCGAACCCUGGGCCUGCGUUUACAAUACGGAAUCAGUCACGUACCGCUAUGUGCCGCCUGUUCCUCGAAAUGCUGCUGUGCCAGGUUGGGUGACCUUCCAUGAUGUGAUUCAAGCCAUGCCACUGGGCCUCUUCCUGGCUCUGGCGGCACCCAUCACUGCGCCUCGUCUCCUCCUCCAAUGGCUCUCCGUAUUGAAGGGUGGAGAAUCCAGUUUGCGGGCUGCAAUUAAGAGACUACUCAGCCGACAGGUUGAACAGGCCGAAGGCUUUUCUCCUUAUCGAGGAAAAGCUUCUGUUGCAGCGGACGCUUUGCGACGAUUUGAGCUGUUGCGUACGCCCAUGAAGGCCUGUCCGGUGCCUGGUGGUUACACUGGGGGACUCUAUACCUGGCUCAUGAGUCGGUAUAACGUGACGCGAAUAUAUGCAGUCGUGGAACAACUUUCUGGACACGGUCUAGUCACUCUUAACGGUCAAUCUAUACAGGGUCACUUGCCCAUGGCCAAUAUUUAUCUUCACCGUCGAGCAGCCCUCUUGGAUACCCGUUUCGCUUCUCCCGCACAUCAUAUCCUCUCUGAUAUUUCGGCGUGUCCACCUCCUCUUACCUAUGAGUUUCGGACAAUAUCUGAUGUGGACGGCUACUGGUUAAACCUCCGGGCUAUCCUCCUCUUCACUCCCUACGGUUUCACUCGGUUUGCGGAUCCUAAUAUUACCCAAUUCAAGGACGUCAAAGCUCCCGUUCUCUCUGUUUCCCGUUUGCGUGAUAUCCUUUCCAUCGACGAAGAUACAUCUAAACCACCUAGUUUACCUUCUCUCAUUCCCACAACCCUCAGAAAGCCCUCGGUUGUGGCCAACUCUUCUGCUGUUAAUGCGGUUCUUCGCGCGGUCGAAAUGGACGAAUCAAAGCCAGCUCAAUUCAUCCUUCGUGGGGUGGGAGGUCUGCACGCCUCGCUAUACCUCUUCAAGGCUCCUUUUGAGGAGAUAGGCUAUGGAACUACGGACCAAGGCCAGUGCACCCAAUACACGCCUCAGUAUCCCUCACCUAAUCUUCAAUUGCAGCCGGUGGUGAGAGGUGCCGAAUUGAAGGCAAUUUUGGGGUCAUUUGAGCCUGGGCUGCGUACCGUAGGCGACGGAGCCUUUUGGCCUUGGACGGUACAGAUGUUCUUCGGUACGGAACCAGUAGUAAAGCUUCAGCCCCCUCCUCUCUUGCCAGCCUGGCUCUUUUCCACACGUGCACGUCGAUUUCCCUUCCACAUCGCCCAACCAGAUAGCAGAGCGGCGUCCGACCCUGAAAAUCGACGCCACGUGAAGACGCCACGCCGUCGACGCAGAAAACGACGUCGAGUGACUAGAAACAUUGGUGUCUCCAAAUCUUCCUCCCCAUCGACCACCUCCUCGUCUGAUGGAACUGUUACUACUACUACUACUACUACCUCUUCUUCCUCUUCCUUCGAGGACAAUUUGCAGAGCUCACCUUUCGAGGAACUCCAACCGAUCGUUCGGUCGAGGAAACGACGUUUGCAGAAGAAAACCACAACACCGCACAUCCAUCGUAGUGCUUUUGGUCGGCGCAUAAUCUCGAGCGACAAACGAGCGCUGGAUGAGCGAGACGUCGAGAUACGGAACAGUCUGCAUGCUAAGCGUGCAAGUUGGAGUAAAUUGGAGGAUCAAGUGCUGCUCACCUGCCGCGUGGCGUCCCUUUUUUUAGUUGGCCACACAAGAGAGUACGUCUGUAUUCCCUACGUCAUUGUUCGUGACAUCCUCCAUGAAUACUUUCCUUUGGAGAGCCACGAUAAGACAAGUUUGGCUUGCGCUCGGCGACUGAAAUUCCUCCUCAUGCUUCGCAACGAUGAGCGCACCCGGACAGACAUUUUGCUCACCAAAGUCUCCAGUGAUCCUGAACUUCUGACCAAGUACAACAUCGGAAAAACGGCUUGGAUACACCUCUACAACCGCGACGCAAGGCAAGCGCAUCAAUUGUUCAAGGAUUUGGUGCGUCUCAUUGUUAGGAAUUUUGUUCCUGACCUCUGCAGCCGAUGUGGUCACGUUGUAAACAAGUCUCUUGCGAUGCCGGGAAUGACAGUGGCUGCGGAAUCAGAAGCUCAGACGCCCCUGCGCCUUUCUUCCGUCCGCGAGGUGCUUCUGCAUCCUCGGGAGGUUCUUCACACCCGCUAUGAUUUUAUCCUUCUCGCUUCCAUAAACGACGACCGAGGUCUCCCAGAUAUUGGACAAAGUAGAUCAGCCAUCGUGGUGGAGGCUCUGAGAAACCUUUUCCUUGGCUCCAUCCGCUUCCGACCUGAAGCAUCGCAUCCUCACGACCCUGUGCUCUUCAACCGCAUCCUCAAACAGUACCCCUAUGAGCAGAUGAGCGAGGCAGUGAAGUGUCUCGCCUCCACAGAUUCGCUUCGCAAACACAAGAGCUCUGAAGACUGUGAUCUCAAUAUUGCUGGCCAAUUUCGUGUCAAGACCACUUUGCGGCUCUCUUCUUGGUGCAAUGUACAGAUGUUCAUCUAUAUUCGCUUCUUCAUGGAAACAUGGAAAUUGUACAAGCAGUUUUCUGAAGAGGCAAGGCGUCUUCGCGGGCGUCAGCGACGUCAGAAAAUGAAGGAAGUGGAGGCGUUAUCAUCAACACCGCAGCCAUCACCAUCAAGUGAGUGGCUGGUGGCUAAGCAUGAGUUUUCAGAACCCACGUCAGGCGGACUAGUGGCGACUUUCAUGGAGAUGCUUUACAGCAAAUCACAGGUGAAAUUACGGAUUCGAUUUGAUAUGAGCUGCAUUAGUAUUCUGCGGAAACCCUGUAUGUCACUUGAGGAUCGUAAAAGGCACUUGCAAAGUGGCAGUGAAGAGGAGCACAAGUCCCCUGUUCCCAAGUUGACACGUAAGGGCACUCCACCGCACUUUGGCGAAUCGACCCACAUUGGGAUGACAGUAGCUCUACUAGAGGGUGCAGAUGGCUCUAACGCCACCUCAGCCAUCACGGAGUCCCUGAUGGAUGUCCUCCUGGAGAGUGUUGGUGGGGUGGGUGGUCGGACGGUAAAGGGUAAGACUCCGCGAAUCGAUAUUCGUCUCUCACUCAAUGGGGGGUCAGUUGAAGCGGUGGCGCCGUCUGCACAAACUCAUAUCUCUGUGAUUGAUGGCGAACCAGAACACAAAAAGAUAUGUCGUCGUGUUCUGGCAAAGUUUUUUGCACCGCUAAACUGGAAUGCAGCUGCUGCGAAGGCGAUGGCUGGUGAAUCCGGCACCUCUAACUCUACUAAUAAUGCUUCUGCCAAUACUGAUGAUAAAUCUAUUCGAGUACUGGACUUCAUCUUUGCAGCAGGAGAUCUUGGUCGAACGUUGGACCAAUUGCAGGACAGAUUUUCGGAUUCUAAGAUGACGAGUCACAUUGUGCGUCGCCUUUUGGACGAUCAAAAGAUAUUCAUGCUGGGUCUGACAGAGCCACGCUACGUUCACUGGGCGCACUUACGUCUCUGGUUGGUGCAUGUCAAAGAUCCCAAGAGUCAACAUCAGCAAAAUUCUAAUCAGCAAGAACUGCAUCAGGAUCGCAGCACUUCAGACCUCAAGAUCAUGGCACCGCCAGUGGGCAAGGAGGGACCAAGACGGAAGCGCCUUGCCCUAGCUGUUAGUUCUGAUUCUUUGGCAGCUCUUGAGCGGUCCUCGGAAUCUCAGUUAUCCAAUUCUUCAAACGGCUGCAUCGACGCUGGUACUGAAAAAGGACUCUUGAACAGGACUAAAUCAGAUCGCAUGGAUUACUUCUUCAUUCCCCAGCCCUGGAUAUGCGAAUCCGGUAACAUAAAGCCAUGCUUCUUCAUUCACCUUCUCCUUUCCAUCUGCUCGAUGAUCUCGCGGCUCUCGGGUGCUCCCAUGGAUGUUCUUGCCACUCAGUAUCGUCAUAUCCUAUCUCCAGUCUCAUUUCGCCUCCUUUGUCACGUAGGUGACUUGCAACUCUUCUACUGCUUCACUCCCUAUACAGCGAUAGCGUUUAAAGCAAAGUUAAGAAUCUCUGAAAUGUCAGACAAUGUUAGCGUUCUCAGUGAUCAGCUACUACUGGCUCCUUCGGCGGAACUGAGUGUGGUUUUAGAGUCACACUUCGUCUCACGCAUGAAUACACUUGUUACAUGCGCUACUGAACUCCUCGGGCUACCACCACCGGACUCCGCAGAACUCGCGGCUGCACCCUACGUCCAAUUCGCUCGCUGUCGACUUCCUCGCGAUGCCACUGUCCUUCGAGCACAGGAUCCUGGCUCAACUACUACCUAA